GUAGAGUGAGCCAGUUACACACUGUAAAUGUCGAUACUGUCAUAUGGCAACAGUUUCAAUUAAUUGUCACUUUGCAUUGGUCCUGAUAUGGCAUGGUAUUUGGCUUUCGGAGUACAACAAUAUUGGCAUGACUCUUUGGGAGUUGGCACAUUUUCUGAAAGGUCAGGGGGUCAUCAACGCCAUCAACCUGGAUGGGGGUGGUUCCUCCACUUACGUGGCAAAUGGCUCAUUGACCAGCUACCCCUCAGACCACUGUGUCUCAGACCCCAUGUGGUGCUGCCCUCGGCGGGUCUCCACCAUCCUGUGUGUCCACCAUCCUGUGUGUCCGCCAGCCCCAGUGCCAGCCUGAGGACUGCAGCGGUCACGGGAUGUACAUCGAUGGGCACUGCCAAUGCCAGGAGGGCUGGAAUGGGACUGGCUGUGACAACCUGGUGUGCCAACCGCCCGCCUGCGGUGCCCACGGUGUCUGUACACAGGAUGGCUGUGCGUGUGAUGCUGGAUGGAGAGGGGCGAACUGCGGCCAAGCUGGCCAUUGUCUUGCUAAUCAGAUGUUUGCAACAUGGAGAGAGGAGGAGACACACAAAUCCAAGCCUUAUCUCUGAGCAGCGCUUGCUCAUUGUCACUGGCCUGUUGACCUUUCUGCUGUUGGCCAGCCUGGUGGGUCACCUGAUCAAGAUGUGUCGGGGGUCCGCGGCUCACCACCCCAGCCGUGUGGACAACUCCUACGUUUCUCCGACAGAGAUCAAUGGUGGUGUGUGCGGUUCAGGGGUCCGAGGGAAAGGGUCGCAGCCCAACAGAGGAGUAUUCGAGAUGGAGGACUGACUCCCAGGAUAAACUGUGGUCGUCUGCGUGCUGAGGGAGGGUGAUGGGGGACGGGUGGGAGUGAGCCUACCCUGUUAGGACUGUCUGGAGAAGCUCUCUCUAACAUACUGGAAAGAGGGGACAAAGGUUUAGAUAGAGAAUGGGUUGCAAUCAAUAAAGGAGAGGAAGAGAUGGAGCCAGGGAUAGAGAAGGGCAUAAAGAGG